AUGGCCCCCAGCGCGACCGGAGACUGGCAGCCGCUCUCGAGGCGCGAGGCCUGGAAGCUCCUCCCCGAGCCCACGAUCCAUCCCGUCAAGGAGGUGCGCUUCGAGAAGUAUAUCACGCCGCAGAAGGACGGAUACGAGACGGCCAAGUCGCGACCGGCCGGCGACGCGGCCAUCGUGAUUGACUAUGGCUCCUCCGCCGUACGGGCUGGCUGGUCCUUCGAGGCCAACCCGCGCCUCAGCGUGCCCCCCAUCAUGGCCAAGUAUCGCGACCGGAAACUGGGCAAGACCUUCUCCUUUGCCGGCUGGGACUGCUACUCGGACACGACGGCGCGCGGCCACAUACGGAAUGCGUUCGAGGCGGGCACGGGGAUCGUGAGCAACUGGGACGUCACAGAGCACGUACUCGACUACGUCUUCCUCAAGCUCGGCAUGAACGGCGUGGAUGGGAACAUCGACAUGCCGAUUGUCAUGACCGAGGCGGUCGCCAACCUGCCUUACUCCAGAAAAUCCAUGACAGAACUAAUCUUCGAGUGCUACGGCGCACCCUCCUUGGCGUACGGCAUCGAUUCUCUGUUCUCCUACCGCCACAACAAGGGCAACACCGGCCUGGUGGUCUCUUCCUCAUACAACUCGACGCACGUCAUCCCGGUCUAUAACCAAAAGGCUAUGCUAGCGCAGGCUAUCCGUCUCAACUGGGGAGGCUGGCACGCUGCCGAGUAUCUUCUUAAGCUCAUUCGCUUGAAGUAUCGCGACCACCUGGGUAGCAACCUGAGAUUCCAUGCAUCGCAAGCGGAGAACAUGCUGAAGGACUUCUGCUACGUAUCGAAGGAUUACGAUAAUGAGCUCAAGCACUACCUCGACUGGACUGGCCUCGAGGACAGGGAGGUCAUCAUACAGUAUCCGUACACUGAGGAGGUCGUCGUCCAGAAGACCGAGGAAGAACUAGCGAGAAUCGCCGAGAGGAAGAAGGAGAGCGGCCGCAGGCUACAGGAACAGGCUGCCAAGAUGCGCCUGGAGAGGCUGAUGAAGAAGGAGAAGGAGCUCGAGUACUACAAAGCUGUCCAAGCGCAGCUCGUUGACCAGACCAAGAAGGAGACCAAACGGCUCCUGGACGAGGCCGAGGUCAAGGACGAGGCUCAUCUCGAUCGCAUUGUCAAGGACCUCGAAAAGUCCAUCAAGCGGGCGAGGACGAAGGAUCUCGGUGGUGAGGUCGAAGAAGAGACCGAAGAGCCUGACUUUUCGCUUCUCGAAGUCCCGGAUGACCAACUCGACGAGGCUGGCCUCAAGCAGAAACGGCAGCAGCGGCUGCUCAAGUCGAACCACGAAGCCCGUGCCAGAGCCAAGGCGGAGAAGGAAGCGGAGAAGGCCCGCAUAGCGGAGGAGGCCCGCCUGGACGAGGAGCGGAGAACCAACGACCUGGAGGGCUGGCUCGAGGAGAAGCGACAGGCGCGCCUCGAGGCGCUGGCCAAGAUCAAGGAGCGCGAGCGGCUCUCCAAGGACAUGGGCAACCGCAAGAACCUGGCGUCGUACAUCCGCAUGAAGAACAUCGCCAACCUGGCGAGCGACAACCCGACGGGCACGGGGUCGCGCAAGCGGCGCCGCGGGGGCGACGACGACGACUUUGGCGCCGACGACGCCGACUGGGGCGUGUACCGCGACAUCGCCGUCAACAAGGACGACAGCGACAACGAGGACGCCGAGGAGAACCCGGACGUGGCGCUGCAGAACCUCGAGCAGGAGCUGCUGCAGUACGACCCGGGCUUCACCUACGAGCACACGCGCGAGGCGCAGAACGACUGGACCAAGAAGAUGAUGCACGCCUUUGAGCGCGGGCCGCGGCCCUUUGACGCCGAGAGCGCCGCCCAGCGCCACCAGGUGCACCUCAACGUCGAGCGCAUCCGCGUGCCCGAGGUCGUCUUCCAGCCCGCCGCCAUCGCGGGCGUCGACCAGGCCGGCGUCGUCGAGAUCGCGGGCGACAUCCUGAACCAGCGGCUCGCGGGCCUGGUCCCCGGCGUUGGCAGGGACGACUUCCUGCGCGACGUCUUCCUCACGGGCGGCAACACGCUGUUCCGCAACUUUGACGAGCGCCUGCGCGCGGGGCUCAUGGCGCUGCUGCCGGCGGGCGCGCCGCUGCGGAUCCGGAGGGCCCGGGACGCGCUGCUCGACCCCUGGCGCGGCGCGGCGGGCUGGGCUUGCUCCGACGAGUGGCGCGCGGCGACGGUCACCCGGGAGGAGUACCAGGAGAAGGGGCCCGAGUAUAUCAAGGAGCAUGACAUGGGCAAUGCUUUCGCGUAG